AUGGAUGAGACAUUAUAUAACCAGCCAGUAGUGGUGGACAAUGGACUGGGUACUUUAAAAGCUGGAUUUGCUGGCGAGGAGAAACCUAGGACAUAUGCAUCGUCCAUCAUUGGAAGACCGAAAUACCAGAAACUAAUGGCAGGUUCAUUAACCUCUUCAACUUCGGGAUCAACAAUUGCCUCCGAUACUGAUCUCUUUGUUGGUGAUGCAGCACAAAAGAAUAGAGGGUUACUAAGACUCAACUACCCUGUGGAGCAUGGUAUAGUUACCAAAUGGUCCGAUAUGGAGAUUAUUUGGGAUCAUAUGUUUACUCAGGAUUUGAAGAUCAAGCCCGAAGAUCAUCCAUUACUCAUCACCGAGGCUCCACUCAAUCCAAGAAGUAAUCGUGAAAAGAUGUGCCAAGUCAUGUUUGAACAGUUUAAUGUCCCAUGCAUGUACAUUUCGAUACAAGCCGUGUUGGCCCUAUAUGCAUCUGGGAGAACUACUGGAGUGGUUGUGGAUAGUGGCGAUGGUGUUUCCCAUAUUGUUCCAGUAUAUGAGGGUUUUGCUUUACCGCCAUCGAUACAGCGAAUGGAUGUUGCAGGGCGGGACGUUACAUCGCAUUUAUCCUACAAUAUACGACGAAUGACUGGUGUAGCAUUACAAAGCAGUGCAGAGUUGGAAGUUGUACGACUGAUGAAGGAAUCGUGUUGUUUUAUCUCCAAGGACCCGGUAAGGGAUGAAAAGCUUUAUAGGGCGCAUUAUUUGAGAAAGAGCAGUCAUGCAAACAAUGAGUUGUUCUCGACAUACAAAUUGCCAGAUGGCCACGAAGUGCAUCUUGGUGUUGAGAGGUUUAGAGCUCCAGAGAUUCUUUUUAAUCCACAAUUGAUUGGCACAGAGUAUAGCGGGCUACAUGAUCUUGUUUCUCGUGCAAUUGCCAAGAAUGACUUGGAUUUGAGGCCGAUACUAUAUCAAAAUAUUCUACUUUCUGGAGGCAAUACAUUGAUAAAGAAUUUUGGUGAUCGACUAUUAAAAGAGUUGAAGGAUUUGCAGGACCAAAAUAAAGAUGCUCUGGCGUCGAUAUGGAACAAGUCGAUCACCGAUGACGCAUAUUCGACAAAGAUGAAAAUCAAGAUUUUUGCACCACCGGAGAGGAAAUACUCAACAUGGAUUGGUGGGUCAAUUUUGGCAGGACUUUCGACAUUCAAAAAAAUGUGGGUUUCUUCAGAAGAAUACAAGGACGAUCCUGAUAUUAUAUUUAGAAAAUGUCUUUAG